CCUACAUGGCACAACGCUGGGAAGUUCUUAAGGAACUUGUAGUAUUUUACCCAGAAUGUGGAGUGAUGUUUUGCCUGGAAUAUGGAGUGAUAGAAGGUACGCUGUCAAGAAAAGAUACUGGUCAUGAAAGUAUGGGUGGCUUUGCUGGAAUAGCACUGAGAUGCCUCAUAUCUGUGCCUACAAAAAGGGGGUGGGUUUUGUGCAGUGUAUAAAAAGCUGCAGGUCCUGGAGCAGGGAUUAAUGCUAUAGAAAAGAGGAGAGGCUGAAAGGCCUGAGUAAGAACAGCAUGAGGAAUUCCAUGGUGAGCUGAGGCAGGGAAGCAUUUGGGGGCAGCAGGAUCAGGAAAUGGCUGCAGGGUGUGUAUGGUCUGUUAGGUACAAAGAGGAUGAGGUUCUCCAGGGAUGCUUCCCACUACGGUGAGGUAGUUGACCUUCAGUGACACUCAGGGGAGACCGGAGAACUCCAGCAGCGAAGGGAGCAGCUUACAAAGCACUUUUCCCCUUCUCCUUACACGGAAGCAGGGCAGGCUGUUCCUGAAACGCAGCUGACCGCCUGCAGACGCCGAUGCUAGAAAGUGUCAUUACUGAAGGAGCGGGGGGGGGGGUCCUUUGUGUCUCUCCCUCAGGUGAUGGCCAAUUACCUCAUUAAGUAUUUAAUCGCCGUGUCACGAUGGUCAAACGAGGGAGCUGCUCGCCCGUGCUGCAGCAGCCCGCGAGCUGCGGUGCCGCGCUCAGCCAAGAAGCCGAGCAUCCGUCCACACCCCCCCGCCCCCUCCUCCCGCUCCGCGUUGCCAGGCCAACGGCGCGGCGGAUGCCGGCGGUCCCUGCGGCUGUGCCGGCCCCGCAGCGCUUCCCUCGCCUCCCUAUGGGACGGUCCCCCCUGUCCCCUCGGAGCCCCCGCAGGUCCCGUCCCCAUGGCCCGCGAGGACGAGGCGCGGGGCGGCUGUCAGCUCGCCGACCAGGAGCCGGAGUGCCAGAUCUGCUACAGCCGCUACGACGCCCGCGCCCGCCGACCCACGGUGCUCCUCUGCGGCCACCGCCUCUGCGCCCGAUGCCUGCGCCGGAUGGUGGCCCUGGGGGACGCGUCGCCCCGACGACUUCGCUGCCCCUUCUGCCGCCGGCAGAGCCCGGUGCCCGGCGAGGACGCGCGACGGCCGCGGGACGACGGCGAGGGGCCGGCGCCUCCGACGCGCCGUGAGCGGGACCCCCCCUCGCCCCCCGAGGUCCUGCUGUCCCCCAGCGUGCUGCAGCCCUCGCCCGGCCCGGACUGCCUGGUGCUCACCAUCCUGGAGGUGCCCGCGGGCGCGGUGCCCACGGAGGCGCUGGGCGCUCUGGAGGUGGUCCGGCUGCAGAGCCGGCGGAAGAGCCGCGCCCGGAGGUGCCGAGCCGCCCCGCGCUGCCUGCUGGGCACGCUGUGCCUGCUGUACUGCAGCUCGCUGCCCCUCGGCAUCUACCUGCUGCUCAGCCAGCACCACGGCCUGGGCCUCGCGCUCGUCAGCCUCCUGCCCGCCGCCCUGCUGCUCUGCGUCUCCUGCAGCCUCUGCCAGUGCCUGUGCCGGGAGCUCUGCGCCUUCCCCUCGCCCUGACCCGCGCGGCCGAGCCCUGCGCCCGUGCUGGGGACACGUCGGAGCGCGUUGUCCUGGUGCUGAGCGCCAGCCGUGCGCGGCGCUGCCAUCCUCGACUCCUUGCAGCCUGCAAGCAUUCAGCCGGCUCUCAGCUCCUCCUGCUCUGCAGAUGAGGGCGGCGCGAUGCUCGGUGCUCACCUGGAAGGGGCCCAGCGGCGGCCGCAGCCCGGCGCGUGCAGGAGAAGCGCGGGCAGAGCCCGGGGUCCUGCGGCCGGACUGGCGCCAGCACCGCCGUGUCCAUAGUGUAAAUAGUUCUGUCUGUGUCCCUGAGCUCCCGGCAGGGCUGUGCCCGUCGCACCGCGUUCCCUUCCCACGUGUGUGAGUCCCGUGUCGGCCGACGCUGUGUACCGUACCGGAGAGGAGCGGAGGAGAGCAAUUCCUUUGGUGUGUAAAGACGUCUUUGCAGCUGUUUUGUAGUCAUUGUGGUUUUUAUUUUUUAAGGAUUCAUUUCACACCGCUAACCAUUGUGUUACU